AUGUUUUUGAGUCUUGGAACUCUCGACGUCUUUACCCUUCCCGAGGGUACAUCACCAAAUACUUUGAACAACGCCAGGGAUAACCAAGAGAAUCCCGCAGAAGGUUUGAAAAAUGAACACAUCAUCAAGGUUUGUGUGACAUUGUGUAACAAGUAUCUAUUGAUAUUGACCAAGCGCACACUUUAUGUCUAUAGCAAUGGACACAAUAUCAUGUUUUUGGGCAAUUUUACUCUUGAUGAAGCACAGUUAAAGAGUUACGGAGGAUUUAGAGAUAUCACCAUUCUUAACGGGAUAUACCAAAUAUGUUUGCUUGUAGAAAAUUUGAAGAGAGUACUAAUAUGUAGAUAUGACACAAAUACCUCUCUUGGAUAUGACUUUACUCUCUCUCAUAUGAAUACGCCCAAGCACAACUAUCCAAACGUGUCUUCUGAAAGUGUCUUGUGCAAUAGUUAUGCUAGCCCUGGAUCUCCAAAAGUAACAUUACAACAAGCACCUGGACCUUCCGAUGAAGCCCAUACUGUAAACAGUGAAUUUGAUCAUGUGUAUUGCUUAUUCAGCAACUAUUUGCCAAGUUUUUUGAAUAUAACACUUUCAUUCGAACUGGUACUACCGUCCUUUGUCUCUGUUGUAUCAUGUAUAGACUAUCAAUUGUUUUUUUGGACACUUGAUCAAUCUGGAGUCUACGCUACCAUAUGUCCCGAUGGAUUUCUCAACUAUAUACUAACAUACCCAUUGUUGCAAUUUAAGAGGAUUUCACUUUAUCUGCAUAGCACUAAUAUAUUACAGAAUUUAAAUGUUUGUGGAUCGGUGGAUGCUUCACACGGCCUUUGCUAUCUGAAUCUUACAUCCCAACUCUAUAUAAUGAACUGCAAUGAAGUUGAUACAUCUGAGUUAUGUGUGGAUUUAUAUGCGAGUGAAGAUAAAAAUUGCAAUAGGCCUGUAUCUUUGAUGGAUUGGGUACUCAGUUGUGCAUCUAAAGUGAAUAGUGAACCUAAUCACGAUGAAGACACGCAUUCCUGCAGUGACGGAAGUAACGACUUUGAAAACACGCUAUUAGAUGCAGAUUCUAUCCUGUCUUGUUUGGAGGAGAGGAAUACGGACUCGUUUUACGACGAUUAUGAUAAUUGUAUUCAAAAUAUAUUGCCAUACACAAACGCAAAACAGGUGGAAUUUAUGGAAAGUUGCGACCUUUGCUACAUUGUUACAACAUCUAAUGCACUACUUUCCUUUUUUGUAUGUAACAAAAACCCAGUUAGUAGACGCAUUGGUAGAGUAUUGUAUAAAGAUGGCGUAGAAUCUAUAAGUGUUAACAUACACCGCAAUAUGAUUGCUAUAAAACUGAUAAAUGGAAAUGUUAUGAUUUACUAUUCCUCUGAAUACAAAUUUACUGCCAUAGGGGAUAUUAAUAUCAGCGGUAUAAAUGACUAUUGUUGGAUUGACGACCAUUUGGUAAUAUUGUACGAGAAUUCUGAACUUUCAUACCACCAUUUUACCGGACGAAUGAUAUACAACAAAAAACUUCAUAAGCCCAUAAAAAGUGGCCAUUUGUACGCGGUAUCAGCUAACUUUCGUUUAAUGAUUACAGAGGGGCUAAUGUUCUCAACAUAUACACUUCACAAUUCCGGAAUCUGCCACUGCAAAUUCGCAAACCCUAAUGAUUCUAAAAUUUGUCUUAUCGGAACAGACCAUAUUUUCCUUGUUAGUUCCAAUGUUUUGGAUGGUUGUUACGGCUAUUUUGAAAGGAAAGAAAUAGAUGAUUCUCUUCACUCAAAGUCUGGUUGUGUUGAUUCAAAUACAAUAGGAACUGUAGGGAAUAACUUAACAUCUAUACCCUUUUCAUGCAGAGAUGAAUUAUUUAGUAACAGGACACCAUUCUUAUAUGCGUCAUGUAGUCCAAAAGGAGAAUAUAUACUGGCUGCUACGAACGAGGGUUUUGCUCUUUAUGAUAAUAAUUGGACUUAUUUUGGUGAAUGUUUGGGCGUGUUUAUAAACUUAGGCUGGUUUGCUAAUAAUAUAUUCUUUGUUACGGUUAUGUUGCACUCUGAUAAUUAUAUGCAAGAGAGCAAUGAAUCACGCGGUAAUGUUGGUUAUUUUUGUCAUUUUUUUGAUGUUAAUGAUCUUAGCAAACAAUUAGAGAUCAUACCGUUUAAAUACAAACCUUUGUGUUGUACAAUAGAGAAUUCAUCUAUACUCACAGUUUAUGAUGUUAGUGAUACAAUUACUGGUUAUAAUAUUUAUCUAGAGAAGCCUAGAAUGAGCUUUGAUAUCGCAUUCCAGGAAUCUUUAGAACCAAUGGAAUAUGAUGUUGCUGAGAUAUACCCAUUUGGUGAUAAAAAAUAUCUUUUUUUGGAUUCCAUAGGAAAUCUUUACAUUGUAGAUAAUGGAUCUAUAGAAUAUAUUACAAAUAGAUGUAUUAACGUCACUCCAUUUUCUAGUAUAAGUGGAACUGGAUUUGACUAUCUUUGCCACAUAUCUCCCGAUCAGACCUAUUACUUGUCAGGAAAUCAUAGUUGCAGAUUUCCCGCAAAAUUAGAUAAUGUAGUUGCCGUUUCUGGUGGUAUUGUUGUAUCCUUGAUGAAUUCCAUCGACGGUAAAAACACCUUUAGAGGGGUUAAAUUCAUAGAAAAUAUAGUUUCAGAGCAUAUUACACAUUUGGGAUUAAGCCGUAUACACCAAAUCGAACCAUUUAAUAUUUAUUUAUUGGAUCAAUUUGUGUCAUCUAGGAUAUACAACUCUGAUGGUUUUUCUGAUGCACAAUUUCUAAGCACUCUCUUGAGCACUCCAAAUGAUAUAAAGUCACAACUAUUUGCUAUACUAGUGAGGAAAGAACACACAAAGGAUGCUGUGAUCAAGCUAGAGUCGCUUUUUGGAAAAUCGUCAAAUGAUUUUUUUGAGAAAUUAAUGAUAGCGAAACAAUUUCGCGUUGCAAGUUUAAUGCUACUACCGUUGCAGUUACUUACGGAUCCAAUGAUUGUUAGAAGAACUUACGGCCUAAGUAUCAUAAAAGGUUUAAUAAGAAAAGUUGCAGAAUCAGAAAUUAAAAGUAAAAGUGAUAUUUCCCUUUUGAACUCUUUGCUUAGAUUUCAAAAUAUGCUUUCGGAUGAUUCUACACAUUCAGACCCAGAACUUGAGGACUCCAAAAUCUACAACCCACGAUUACUAGAUAAUGCAAAUAUUAAGUUUAAAAGACCAGUUGACUUAGAAGAGUUUGAAAUACCGCAGUUAUUUUUAAAUUAUAUUCGAGAGAAUAACCUAGUACCCAUAUACAAGUUAUCUAGUGUGUUAAACCUGGAUCUUGUAGCCUUUAUCGAACAAAUAAAGGAUAAUAUUCUUGAAAUCACAGGUUGGGGAAUAUGUACACCAGAUGGAACAUGUCAAGAUUCCAAGGAUUUAAGGCUUACUGAGCUUGUUGUCGCAUAUUCAACCAAAUUGGAUACCUUGGAUCCAGUUAAUAUUGGAGGACCAAAUCCAAGGGGGAAAAAGAAAAGUUCUAAAAAGAACCGUCUCCCUAAAAUCUAUCCAGGAGGGGGAAUACAUGAGUUAUUUUUUAGAGUAUUCUCCAAGUUGGAAAUAUACAUACCAGCCCUAGCCAUAGCACUCGCAUCUCACAACUUUUUGGCAAUUACACAUAUCUUGGUAAAGGAUACAGGUAUCGUAAAUAUAGUCAAUCACAUUCUAAGCGGCGAGUCUUGUGAAAAUUGUAGGCGUGAUCAUACACUAAUAAAGCACACAAUAGAAGAAACUAAAAGAAAGUUUAAGCUCUAA